UUUAAGUUUCGAAAUUUUGUGUUGUUCAUUAAUAUUUUUUAACUAAUAUUAUUUAUUAUUAUUGUGAAAGCAAUAUUUUUAACAAAGCUUUUGUUUAUGACUUGUAAAAAGUAAUUUUAUAAAAAAAAUAUUAAUAGAGUAAAAUUAUAAGUGAAGAUUAUCAAUAGAUUAAUCUCCAUAUUUGUCGCUGAACGUCGUACGACAUCCACACAAUGUCUGUGCUCCGGUUACCCGUGUUAAAUAAUUGCGGACAUCGUGUUAUUGGGCUGAAACUAUUGGCGGCAAGUGAGACGCCAUCAGUGUAUUUCUCUCGCUUUCUGUCAAUUUUGUUGUUUACAUUGUACUGUGAUUAUUGUGGAAAGAAAUAUGCCAUUUAAGGUAGUAAAAACGAUAGAAAAUGGGCUCGUGUACGUGGAGGCUGUACCUUCCGGAUGGGAAAUUAAUGGGAUUUUGUCCUGGCCAACUUCUGGCAACAUUGAGCGUUUCAGAUCAAACGCAAAUUCCCUACCAGGUUUGUACAAUAAAAAGAUUCUUUUUCACGAAUUUAAAACUUUUUCUUGUAUUUUUUUUAGGAGAAAAUUGGAUUACUUGUCCAUGUGUAGUGAUAUCGACUCAUGAAACCUUCAGAGAAGCAAUUCAUAUGGAGCGUCUUCUGGAAAAAGUGAGCACUGAAAGCGAAGAUGAGAUUCUAAAAAGUGUUCCUCAGAGAAGACGCAAGAAGCAUUAUGGAUGCUCCGAAGAUCUACCAAAGCCAGUAGACUACAACAAGAUGAUAGCUGAACUUUCUUCCCAGCCCUCCCAGCCUCAAAGUCAGACAAUGGGGUGCAAUGAAACCCAAGAUGACACAGAAUUAACUUCUCAGCAGAGUAUUUCAGGACACGUUAAAAACCUCGCACAUCUUCAGAUUUCUACUGACCACAUGAAUCUGGCUUCAGAAAAUCCACCAAAUCUGCGAUUUCUUCAGAUAUCAGAAAAUGGAAACGCUAUGCCAUCUGAUCAUCUUCCAGUGUUGGAGAAUUUGCAGGAGAUAACUUUAACUGCUCAUGGUAUACAGGGACAAGAGGAAGCUUCAUCUCAAACCUGUCAUUGCUAUGGAUUGAUUGAAAAUGUAUUUAACAAAGUUGAAUCUCUUGAAGGAAAAGUCGCAAAACUCACUGACCACGCAGUAAAAAAUUCAGAUAAGUUGGACAGGACUCUUCUACUCCUUUCACAAGGUCACACCUCAAGAAGCGACUGUGAACUCCUUGUCUCUUCAGCCGAAGAAAUCGGAGAACUUCCCCUGUCAACAGAAGAAGGACUAGAUGAAUUUGAGAAAAAGCUAUGUGAUCAAACCCUCAGGAAAAGGUUCAUUAAUCAUAUGAAGACUUUUGGUGGGACUUCAGGGAAAUGUGAAAGUGAAAAAAUUGCUUUCAAAAUUGUUGAUAUCAUCUUUACACGCAAUUUGUUAAAACUAAUUGGCAGGCCAUCAACAUGGAACUGAAGUGUAAUCUUCACAUCUUGGCUCAAAUCUUCAA